GGUGUCGCCAAGCCGUGACUCCCUGUUAUUUGUGGACGCGCGAGAUUCGGGACCCUGUCUGUGUCGUUAGGACCUCCCCGCCCCCACCAACCUCCGUGACUGGCAGGCCUGGAGCACGUGACGGUUGGGGGGGUGGUGGUCGCAGGUCACGUGGAGUGGUGAUGGCGAGCCGCCGAUGUUUUCGGUGUUGCUGUUGCACGGAAAGAGAGGGCCGGAGCCCGGAGGAGCUAACUAUUCUGGGAGAGACACAUGAGGAAGAGGAUGAAAUUCUGCCAAGGAAAGAUUAUGAGAGUUUGGAUUAUGAUAAAUGCAUCAAUGAGCCAUAUCUGGAGGUGCUCGAAACACUGGAUAACAAGAAAGUCAGAAGAUGUGAGGUGGUUAAAUGGAUCCUGGUAUUUUGUAUUGGUGCCUGCACUGGUUUGGUUGGACUGUUCAUCGAUUACUUUGUUCAUCUCUUCUCAGACCUCAAAUACCAAAUCAUUGGAAAAUCGGUGGAGGAUUGCAGUGAGAGGGGAUGUCUCGCACUCUCCCUCCUUGAGCUCCUUGCAUUCAACAUGGGUUUCGUUUUCCUGGCUAGUCUGUUUGUCUUGAUUGAGCCAGUUGCAGCUGGAUCAGGAAUUCCUGAGAUCAAAUGUUAUCUAAAUGGGGUAAAGAUCCCUGGAAUCGUGAGGCUGCGGACCCUGGUCUGUAAAGCAGUGGGUGUGUUGUUCUGUGUGGCUGGAGGAUUAUUUGUAGGUAAGGAAGGUCCAAUGAUUCACAGUGGAGCAGUGGUGGGAGCAGGUCUGCCUCAGUUCCAAAGCAUCACUUUCCACAAGAUCCAGUUCAACUUCCCAUAUUUCCGCAGUGACAGGGACAAACGCGAUUUUGUGUCAGCAGGCGCAGCGGCGGGUGUUGCAGCAGCAUUCGGGGCUCCAAUCGGAGGGACAUUAUUUAGUUUGGAGGAAGGAUCCUCAUUCUGGAACCAAGCGCUAACAUGGAAAGUGCUCUUCUGCUCAAUGUCUGCAGCAUUCACGUUGAAUCUCUUCCGCUCGGGUAUCCGUUAUGGGAGCUGGGGUUCCUUCCAGCUACCGGGAUUGCUCAACUUUGGCGAGUUCAAGUGUGCAGAUGGAGACAAGAAGUGUCAUUUGUGGACAGCAGUGGACCUGGCCUUCUUCAUCAUAAUGGGUGUGAUUGGUGGACUCUUGGGAGCAAUGUUUAAUUGCCUGAAUAGGAGGCUUGCGAAGUACCGCAUGCGCAACGUGCAUCCCAAGGCCAAGUUUGUCCGGAUUCUGGAGAGUCUACUGGUUGCUAUGGUGACAACAAUGGUCGUAUUUAUAGCCUCCAUGACUUUAGGAGAAUGUCGUGACAUCCCUUCGCAACAGCAUAGCAACAACACAGCACUACAACUUUCUGAGCGGACUGUAAAUUCCAGCAUCAAGACCUUCUUCUGUCCUAACCAAACCUACAAUGACAUGGCCACGCUUUUCUUCAACCCCCAAGAGACUGCCAUUCUUCAACUCUUCCACCAAGAUGGAACCUUCAGUCCAGUCACUCUGAGCAUUUUCUUUGUUCUGUAUUUUCUUCUGGCCUGCUGGACAUAUGGUGUGUCAGUCCCCAGUGGGCUUUUUGUGCCCUCGCUUCUUUGUGGAGCUGCCUAUGGUCGACUUGUAGCGAAUGUUCUAAAAACGUUUAUUGGAAUGACGCACAUUUAUUCCGGGACCUUUGCUUUGGUUGGGGCGGCUGCAUUCCUUGGUGGGGUGGUCCGAAUGACCAUCAGUCUCACGGUCAUUCUCAUUGAAUCAACUAACGAAAUCACAUAUGGAUUGCCAAUCAUGGUCACACUGAUGGUUGCAAAAUGGACAGGUGAUUUCUUCAAUAAAGGGAUCUAUGAUUUGCAUGUGGAUCUCCGUGGUGUACCUUUACUUGAGUGGGAGACUGAGGCUGAAAUGGAUAAACUGACAGCAAGUGAUAUCAUGGAGCCAAAUUUAACCUACGUCUAUCCUCACACCCGGAUUCAGUCACUGGUCUGUAUUCUGCGCACCACAGCACAUCAUGCAUACCCUGUGGUCACGGAGAACAGAGGGAAUGAGAAGGAAUUCAUGAAGGGAAAUAUCCUCAUCAGCAACAACAUUAAGUUUAAGAAAUCAAGUAUCCUGACUCGAGCUGGGGAGCAACGUAAGCGGAGCCAAUCGAUGAAAUCCUAUCCUUCCAGUGAGUUGAGGAACAUGUGUGAUGAGCUGGUGACUACUGAGGUUGCUGAAAAUGGAGAGGACAUGUUGCAGCAGAUGUUAGAACGCAGACAUCCCCCUUAUCCAAAUCUUUAUCCAGACCAGUCUCCCAGUGAAGAAUGGACAAUGGAAGAGCGUUUUCGACCUUUAACUUUCCAUGGUCUUAUUCUGAGAUCUCAGCUGGUUACACUGCUCGUGCGUGGUGUUUGCUAUUCAGAGACACACUCAAGUUCCACCCAACCACGACUAUCCUAUUUGGAGAUGACUGAAGAUUAUCCACGAUAUCCUGAUGUUCAUGACCUUGACCUGACCCUCCUCAACCCACGCAUGAUUGUGGAUAUUACACCUUACAUGAAUCUUUGUCCUUACACGGUCUCGCCAAACACACAUGUGUCUCAGGUCUUCAACCUGUUCCGCACCAUGGGAUUGAGACAUCUGCCAGUGGUCAAUGCUGUGGGAGAGAUUGUUGGAAUCAUCACACGACAUAAUUUAAGCCACGAUUUUCUAUCGAUGAAACUGCGGCAGCACAAUAUGACAAUGUGACUUUCGUCCUCACUGUGCAACAUUCCAGAAUCAUCAUCCCUGCACUGCAAAUGACUUUGAUCUUCAGGGCCAUUUAAUGAGACAGGACAUUCAUCGGUGCCUAUAUCCUGCUCAUUCACCUGCCAACAAGCGACAGCCACUGAAAGAUCUUGGCUCUGACAUUAACCUAUAAUUUGCAGCACUACUUGCACCUAUUUAAAAUAGAUGAUACUGAUUUUGUUAAUUGUGGAUUUAACUGCAGUGUUUGUCUGUCUAUUCAUGUGAACUUGGAAGCAGUGAAAAGGAAUGAUGUGCUUUUAUAUUAGCUUAGUUUCUACAGUUGGACCUGCAGUAGUUCAAGGAUUUUGCAGCACACAAUGUUAAGUGAAUAAUUUGUUUUGCAGUUCGUUGACUUUGCACAAUACUUUGUCAGUUAGGUCAGUAUCAAAAGGACUGGUCUGGAAAAGACAAACAUAAAAGCACUAACAAAACAAAAUUCAGAGGUACUUACUAACCAGGUAGUUGAGAAAUAAUUAAUUGACUUCAACUUCACUUUUAUGGAACUAUGCACCUGCACCCCAGGUUUCUUUGUUUGACAACACACUAUAGGGCGUUACCAUUAACUGUAUAAGUCCUGCCCUCGAUUGACUUACCAAAAUGCAACACCUCUCAUUUAUCUAAAUUAAAUUCCACCUGCCACUCCUCAGUCCAUUGUCCCAGCUGGUCAAGGUCCUAUUGUACUUUGAGCCUUCUUCACUCCACUACACCACCUAUUUUGGUCUCAUUUUCAAAUUUGCUAACAUGCUUCUAUAAUCACAUCCAGAUCAUUUAUAUAAAUGAAGAAAAGCAGUAGAUCCAGCACAGAUCCUUGUAGCACACUGCUGGUCACAGGCCUCCAGUCCAAAAAGCAAACCUCUAACACCACCCUCUGUCUCUUACCUUCAAAGCCAAUUGGCUAGCUCGCCCUGGAUACCAUGUGAUCUAGCUUUUUAACACGUCUACCAUGUAUAACCUUGUCAAAUGCUUUGCUGAAGUUCAUAUCGAAAAAGUCUACUGUUCUGCCUUCAUCAGUCGUCUUUUUCACCUGUCGAGUUUUGAGAAGAUUUGUAGCUCAGGUUGAGGUUCUGGAUGUGAGUUUGCUCGCUGAGCUGGAAGGUUAGUUUUCAGACGUUUCGUCACCAU